CUCACUUCAAUCCCCACCCCUUUUUUGGCCAAUCUGUUCUUUCAUUCCAUUUCCUCUGCUUUCCUUUGGCUCAAUUCUCGUCCAAGAAGCAGAAGAAGAGAGGGAGAAGGAAAAUGGGAUCAACAGGAUCCGAGACCCAGAUGACCCCGACCCAAGUCUCGGACGAGGAGGCGAACCUCUUCGCCAUGCAGCUGGCGAGCGCCUCCGUGCUCCCCAUGGUCCUCAAGGCCGCCAUCGAGCUUGACCUCCUCGAGAUCAUGGCCAAGGCCGGGCCGGGUGCUUACCUCUCCCCUGGCGAGGUCGCGGCCCAGCUCCCGACCCGGAACCCCGACGCCACGGUCAUGCUCGACCGGAUGUUCCGGCUGCUGGCCAGCUACUCCGUGCUCACGUGCACCCUCCGCGACCUCCCCGAUGGCAAGGUCGAGCGGCUUUACGGUUUAGCCCCAGUGUGCAAGUUCUUGGUCAAGAACGCGGAUGGGGUCUCCAUUGCCCCACUCAGCCUGAUGAACCAGGACAAAGUCCUCAUGGAAAGCUGGUAUUACCUGAAAGAUGCGGUCCUUGAAGGCGGAAUCCCGUUCAACAAGGCAUACGGGAUGACCGCGUUCGAGUAUCACGGCACCGACCCACGAUUCAACAAGAUCUUCAACCGGGGAAUGUCCGAUCACUCCACCAUUACCAUGAAGAAGAUACUGGAAACGUACAAGGGCUUCGAGGGCCUCAAGACAGUGGUCGAUGUCGGAGGCGGCACCGGGGCCGUGCUCAGCAUGAUCGUUGCCACAUACCCGUCGAUUAAAGGGAUCAACUUCGACUUGCCUCAUGUGAUUGAAGACGCUCCGUCCUUACCCGGUGUGGAGCACGUUGGAGGUGACAUGUUCGUUAGCGUUCCAAAGGGAGAUGCCAUUUUCAUGAAGUGGAUAUGCCAUGAUUGGAGUGAUGAACAUUGCACAAAGUUCCUCAGGAACUGCUACGAUGCGCUUCCUGAAAAUGGAAAGGUGAUCCUUGCGGAGUGCGUACUCCCUGUGUACCCAGACCCGAGCCUAGCGACCAAGAAUGUGAUCCACAUCGACUGCAUCAUGCUGGCCCACAACCCAGGCGGGAAAGAGAGGACAGAGAAGGAGUUUGAGGCGUUGGCCAAAGAGGCGGGAUUUCAGGGCUUCCAAGUCAUGUGUUGCGCUUUCAACACUUACGUCAUGGAGUGCUUGAAGACGGCUUGAACUGCUCUUCUUGGUGGUGAUGUUCAUGGUUCUUGAAUUUGAAAGGUCGCAAAUGAGCCCUUUUUUCGCAGCUGGAUUUCGAUUCGGGGUACCAAGUUCUACUCGUAAAAGGAAACAAUAAGAAAGUGACUGUAUGAUGCUCAGUGAUGGGGCGAGGAGAAAGUUACAAGAUUUGUUGGAUUAUGUCAAUAAAGUUCGAGUCUGCAUACUGAUUUUACAAAAUGUGUAACGAAACGGAGUAUAUGGAUGUGCCUGAAUGAUGAAAUUGUGAUAUUCUGUCUUC